UUAGCUUUGAUCUGAGAUGGAAGAAUCCCAUCAGGGCUUGACUACUGACUACAUACUUUACAGCUGUGGAAGCCAUAAACCUACAUCUGUUUAGAUGUCAUGUGACUGGGAAAAGAGGGGAAGAUGAUUGGAGGGGAAGGGAAGAAAGCUAAGGUGAGCCCACCUCCACCGCUCAAGUCUUACCUUUCCUCUUCAGGCAACACCUUGUACCUGGGCUGAGCACCUCAGCAGCAAACAGCAGCUCUGACAACCAAGUGGAUGCAUCUGCUGGACAAUCGUAGCUCUUUAAUUUUCUCUUCUAUUUGUACCCUGGACCUUGGAAUGCAUUUUACAUUUCUACCAGCAAACCUCUAGAAGUCAACCAGACCCUUUUCAGUGGACUGACGUUAAAUAUUGGACUUGGACAUGUUUGGCACAGGGCAGCUGGUAUCCUCUCUCCUUCCUGCAGUUUUCCAUUCACCUGCAGCUCAUUUUUUUCCUGCCUUCCCAGCCAGACUGGGCUCUCAACCUCAGUUCCUGAUCCCGGGGCCUUUUAUCAGCUACGAAUCCCUGAGGAAUUAUCUGCAGCCAGAGCUAUGCAAGGAAGCUUUGCUAAUGGCCACACAGGCGGUCAGGAUUGGGCCACUCACAGAGAGCAUAGAUGAACAGAGGCCAGUGAAGCAGCGUCGUGCACGGGCCAACUACAGCAGCUGGCAGCUGGAGGAGCUGGAGAAGGCGUUCGAGACCACCCACUACCCGGACAUCUUCAUGAGGGAAGCCCUGGCCCUCAGACUGGACCUUAUUGAGGCCAGAGUCCAGGUUUGGUUUCAAAACCGCCGUGCAAAAAUGAGACGGCAACUGAAACUCCAGGGCCAGUGUCCAGGGCCUUAUGUGAAAAGGGACAACGAUGAAACAUCUCCAAAAGCGAGCAAGAGUUUAAAACACGCAGAGAGAUCGGACGGUGAGCACUGGGAGAAACAACAGGAAGCUGAAGGUUAUCCAUGGACAACCCAGAAGUUGGGGAAGUGGGAGAGGCCGGAGGGGCCGAGCUCAGAGGAGCUCCGCUCCUGCAGCAUUGCUAAGCUGCGGGCCAAAGCCAGAGAGCACGAGGCUGAGAUCCAAGGCAAUGUAAGCAUGUCAGGAGGCACCAAACAGUCACAAACACAGGAAACUGAUGCCACGCACAAUGACUGAUCAUUUUCAAUCUUCCUGUUUAUACA